CGGCGGGGCCAUGGGCUGCUGCUUCUGCAAGAGGCGGAAAGAGGCAAAAGGGGGCGCGCAGGGCGGGGCGGACCAGGACCCCCCUGCCGCGGACGAGGAGAAGCCGCCGCCGCCGCAGUACAGCUGGGACCAGCGAGCCAAGGUUGAUCCCAAGGACUACACGUUUUCUGGACUUAAGGAUGAAACUGUGGGUCGUUUACCUGGAAAAGUUGCAGGGCAACAAUUUGUCAUUCAGGACUGUGAGAACUGUAAUAUCUACAUUUUUGACCAUUCUGCUACAAUUACUAUUGACGAUUGUACAAGCUGCCGAAUCUUUCUAGGACCCGUAAAAGGCAGUGUGUUUUUCCGUGACUGCAAAGAUUGUAAAUGCGUAGUGGCAUGCCAACAAUUUCGCACCCGGGACUGCAGAAAGUUGGAAGUAUUCUUGUGCUGUGCUACCCAACCCAUUAUUGAGUCAUCCACAGGUAUGAAAUUUGGCUGUUUCCAGUAUUACUAUCCAGAGCUGGCUUUACAAUUCAAAGAUGCUGGACUGAGUAUCUUCAAUAACACAUGGAGCAACAUCCAUGACUUUACACCAGUGUCAGGAGAAAACAAUUGGAGUCUUCUACCUGAAGAUGCCACAGUUCAGGAUUAUGUCCCCUUACCUACAUCUGAGGAACUAAAAGUAAUCAGAAUUUCUACAGAUACCAUGAAGAGCAUAAUUCCAAUAACGCGGGGUGGGAGGCAGAAGAGCAGUGAAGAAUCAUGUCUGGCAGUUUUCUUCGCUGGAGACUACACAACUGCAAAUGCCAGAAAGUUAAUUGAUGAGAUGACUGGCAAAGGCUUUUUGUUGGUUCAGACUAAGGAAGUUUCAAUGAAAGCAGAGGAUGCUCAAAGAGUGUUCCAGCAGAGUGCAUCUGACUUCAUCCCUUUCCUUGAAAAAGGUCCUGUUGUUGCUUUGGAGUUUAAUGGAGAUGGUGCCGUAGAAGGAUGUCGAAGCAUUAUAAAUGAUGUCUUCAGUGGAACCAAGGUUUUUGUAUCGGUGAACAAAGCAUCGGCCUCUCAAGAUGUAGACAGCUUCUACAACUUUGCUGACAUGCAGAUGGCAAUGUGAAAUGUGACUUGAAGAUGUUCUUCUGCAUCGCCUGUCUCACCACUUGGAUAUAGCUUUGGUUUGACUGUGUGUAAUGCUGCAUUAGCAACAAAAGGUGGUUUUGGUUUUUUGUUUUUUUUUUCUGAUUGACCUUUGUAUUGCAUACGUUUUUAUAAAAGGAACUGGUUAAAUUUAA